AUGAGAAAGAUCUGGAGUCAGAGAAAAGAACGGGACAAAAGAAAGAGUUUCAUGCUGGUAUAUUCAAGCAAUGAACAACAAGAACACGAAAAACCCAGCUGCGGUCAUGGAGAAAGCGAUGGUGUAGAUGAUCAAUCGACAUUGGCCAAUUCAACCAUUGGAAGCAUACCUGAAAGUUCGGAAUCAGAUUAUACAGUGGGAACCAAGAAUUCGGUGAGAUCGGUGUCAACACUCGCAAAGAAUGAUUACGAUCAACACACAGUAAAAAAUGCAUGGCUCAAUGCGACGGUAGGGACCAAUUCAGUGCAUGAUAUGAGCGAAAACAUGUUGAGGGUGUAUAGAGCUGAAUUGAAGGGGUCACAUAUGUACUUGUACAAGCCAACAGUGUUGAAUGCCAGACGGUUCCAGCUCGCUGACGCGACAGAAGAGGCCGAUCAGCAUUCGGAUAUUUUCAACCAUAAUAAUGAAUCCGGGGUGCUGGAGCAGUCUGCAGUGCAGGAAGACACUCUGGAUGAAUUUCCGCAAUUGACGUUCUUCAGGAUAGACAUGGCACACCCAGGGUUGAAGUAUGAUUUCGACAGACGCCAGUUUUUGCUCGACUCGACCGUCGAAGCUCUCGUGCACUUUUUGUUGUUUCAAACCAACUCUCUCUAUACUAUAUCCACAAACCAAUUAAUAGAGACGUUACCAUUGUUUCCUGAUUUUGGGGUGGUAAUAAGGUUGGUUUUAUCCUUUUUGUUAAACUUAUUUGACUCAAAACUCCAAGGAGAAAUUAAUGAACAGAUAAUGACUGACAGAAUAUUACGAUUAUUAUCCAACAUACAAGAAAACUUCCAAGGCUUUUUAGUUAGGUGCGAGAUCUACCCUAUUAUUUUGAAAAUAAUUGAAGUGUUAUCAGAUAACUUGCAGCACGAUGAUAUUGUACAUAAGGUACAAGCCUUUAAAACUAACUUGGUGGGAAAACAAAAUUCUAUAAUCGAACUGGUUACAUAUGAUCUACCAUCUGAAAAUCCUUUUCAUGAUUUGAAUUCCAAUGUAUUUAUUAACGACAUUAAUGUAAUCGAUUUUUCCAAGACAAUCAAUUUUAUAGAUUUAAACUUUUUCAAGAAUUGGAACUCAAACAUUGACAAAUCGUUACUAUUAUAUUCAUCACUUAAAGAUAACAGUACACAAGACUUUUUCUAUAAAAAAAAUCCAUUGAUUUUUGAUAACGACCAUCACAUUCACUAUUUGUCACGAUUGCUUAUAAACCAUUUGUUCAUUGAGAAUAUCAGUGGUAAAAACAAUAAUUUCUUAGAAAGAAAGGCCAGAUUGAUUGAGAAAUGGAUCGACUUGGGUUGUUUCCUUGAAAAAGCUGGUAACAUGUCAUCAUGGCUUGGUAUUGCUUCAAUUAUAUUAUCACAACCAAUCUUGAGACUAACAAGAAUUUGGUAUCUCGUUUCACCAGAUUAUAUCAGACUAUUAAAAAAUGAUUGGUCGCCUGUUUUAUUUGAGUUGGACAGAAGAUUUCUUGUUAAUGGCUCGAUUAAUAGUGAUCAAAUCUCGAAAACUUCUGAUAGUUUGAAUCUAAAGUUUGAUGAUUUCACUUCCAGAGAUUCGUACCAUAUAAUGGCACCAAGAGGUUUGGGUAAGAUUUAUCCUAAAGAAAACGUAAUACCGUAUUUUGGUGAUUUAAUCAUGAACAAUCAUUCUACCGAUAUUGACGAAUUGGAGUCUAUAUGGAAAAGAAUUAAUUAUUCUUUUAACAGAUGGAAUGAAUAUUUGUCAAGCUUAACUAAUUAUGAUGAAAUCAUUAAAUAUAAUGAUGAUGUAUUGAGAAGAUAUGAUAAUAUGGGCUUUAUCUUUUCAAAUGAAAGUUUAAACCAGGUCCUAUACUUAGGAGUUAAUAGUGACGAUACUAAACCUUUACCUGCUAAGUAUAACGAUUCGUCUUCCUCCAAUAUUAAUACUGAUUUGCAUAAAAAACUAUUAAAAUUGAUUGAAGUUAAUUGUGAUUCUACUAAUCUAGAAAAAAUAAUGAAACUAUCAUUGUUGAUGGAGCCCGAAUUACCAGAAUCGUACUUGAAAGUGCCUAUAGAUAAUCAGUCUGCUAAUUCAGACGGUCCUAAUGCAACCAUUUCCAGUAUAUCGAUUCAUUCAAACGAUUCUCUGGGCUCGUUGAAUACGCCUUUAAAUGAUAGUAAUAUUUCUUUACAAACAUCACAACAACAAUCUUUAGGAGAUGAUCGGGCAUCUAAGAUCCCGACAUUCAAUAAUAAUUAUUUCAAGAUUGCACUAGCGAAAUAUGAUGAUUUGCUUUUGCAAAAUAUUCUGGCAGAACAGAAAAGCAAAUUACAAAGCUUAGAUUCUUCUGUAAUAAAGCAUAAUUUUGUAAUUGAUGACGAGUUGACCUUACGUGUUGACGAUUUUAUAACUGAUUUAGAAUCAUCAUUCAUCAACUCAUCAACUUUGCAGGGGUUAGAAGAUGACGAUGAUGAUGAAAUCCCUGGUUUAGGAAUUGACGUUGAUGAUAUUUUAAAUUCAGAUAAAUUCAAUCAUAUUGAUAUCAAUGAUAAUUCAGAGCCAUCAACAGUUCAAAAUGAAGAAUACUCUAUUAAUAAAAAUAAGCAUUCCAAAAAUUAUAGUCUUAUUUCCAGUGAUUCGUCGAAGUUUUCUCAACAUAACGGUUACAUUCCGAAAUAUGCUUCUAUUGAUAGAUUAAUUGAUUUGCUAUUAAUUGAUGCAAAAUAUUUUAAUGAAAAUAUUUCCAUCAAUUUGUCAGAAUACAGGUUUGUAUUUUUAUUGAAUUAUAAUUCCUUUAUAACCACUAAAGAGUUAUUGGAUAAAUUGUCCCACAGGUUUAUUAAUUCAAGUAAUGCAAUUAUUUCAAUUAUGAAAAAAUUGUACCUUAUAAAACAUGGAAAUGUCGAUAUUCAACUGCAGCUAGAAUUCCCAAACUGGAACCUCGACACUUCAGUCAAUAUAAGUGAAUUAGGUAAUGUUGACUAUGAAGCUUUGCUAGAAAUUCAAACAAAUAUUUUAAAAGUAUUAAUUGUAUUGAUUAAUAAUUUUUACUCCAAUUUUGUGAAUGAUUUGAUUAAUAAAAAAAUAUUUAUUAAAUUAUUAAAAUUAUUUAGCAAUGAAAUUUUGCAAUGGUAUAAUUCAAAUAAAAUUGAUUCACGCCUAGAAAAGGCGUUCGAUAAUUUAGUGAAUUAUUACAAGAAAUUGAAGAAGUUAUUCAUUAAAAAGACUUACAGGCCGAUCGAAAUGCUGAAGUUUGACGAAUAUCUUAUUAAAGAGUUCAGAUUUAGUAACUCGUUACAUGAUGUCCCAAUUAAUAGAAACUUACCGGGGCAUAAAAAUUUAAAUAAGGUGGAGAAAUUCUUACAUAAGUUCAACAAACUAUUGACUACAUUUUAUAAGUUGAUAAAGACGGAAGAUUGGAUAAAGAUCUAUAAAAUUUUAGAGAAUCAAUUUGAAAAGCAUUCAUUGCUAGGUUUUAAUAUCCAAAAGGCUUCUACUAACGAUGAUAACAUGAUUAUCUCUAACAUUUUCAAUUUUUUUGAAUCACUUUCAGAUCCUCAAGAAAAGCAAUUAGUUUUGAAACAAUUUCCGCUAGUUUUCCGUAAACUUUUCAAAUUAUACUUCAAGUUUAGAAGUUAUUUGUUAAUUCAACUAUCUGAUUUGAAUAUCACCGUUGAUGAAAGAUUAGAUCGUAUGAAAACAUUGUUACUUAUGCUUAAGAUUUCUAAAAUGAAAAUGAGUGACAAUCAGUUUGUUUUUGAGGGCGACCAAGAUAAUAUUCCAUCUUGUAUUGAAUCUGCAAUUUCUAAUGUUAUUUAUUUGCCGGAAAGUAGAUUGUUUGCCAGCUUAUGGAUAAAAGCCUCGAUGAGUUUAAAUGACGAUUCAUCAAAUUUAUCAUUUGAUGAUAUCAAUCUGUUAUUACCUACAAAUAUUAAUGACGCUAACUUUGCUAUUAAUGAGCCAUUGUUACCUUGUUUCGGCUGGAUAAUUGAGAAUUUAAUCGAAGCGAAUAAAUGCCCAAGCUUUCAUAAACAAAUAAUUAACUUCAAUAAGAGGUAUUUAAUUUACAAAAUUAUAAAAGAAUUGUGUAUUGAGGAUAUUGAUGGUCAAGAAUCAAAUGGAUUCAAUUGUCAUGAAAAUAGAGAAUUCGACUUUUUAUUGAAAUUGGAUGAAUCGCUAGUUAAUAGGCAAAGAAUUAAAGACUUUAUUGUUGGACAAGAUAAAGAAAGAUACAGGCUAUUCCGGUCUGUUUUACAUGAUCAACAUAAGAUUCUAGCAUUAGAUAAUAAAAAGAAACAUUUGAGGGAUGGUAGUGGUUCAAAUACGAGUAUGAACCCUACUUCAUCAAUGCACACCUUAUCAAAAAAGUCAUCGAGUUCCAGCUUGAGGCGUCAAUCGUUAUCUUAUAAGUCAAAUUCAUCUUCGAGGUUUAAGAUUAGUGGAAUAUUCAGUAAGUCAAGGCCAUUUUCUUUAAAUGCGUCAAGUACAUCAGAAAGGAUCAUAAGUUCCAAUGAAUUGCCCAAUGCAGAAUCAUAUACUGAUCAGAAGCAAAAACCAUUUUUAAUUAUCCCGUUGAAAAACAAGAAAAUCUUUCCAGUGUACUCCUUGCCUUUCGCAUUCAAAAUCGAUUCUGAUUCUCCAAAUGAGGAUUCUUUCUUCCAAGCACCUAAUGAAAGUGAGUUGAAUGAUUGGCUCGUCAAAUUAAAUUACGCUAAUCGACACUGGUUUUAUUCUAAGAAUUUAAAUCUUAAAGCUAAUCAUGCUUGCAGUACGUUUGGAAUUCCAAUUGAAGUUGUAUGCAACAGAGAUCAAUCUUCAGUACCUAAAUUUUUGGUUGUCAUGUUUGAAGAGAUUGAGAACGAAGGCUUAAAAGAUACCGGAAUUUAUAGAAUCAGCUCGGCAGUAAGUGAGUUAAAUCAUGUCAAGUCUAUUAUCGAUAAAACUGGAACUAUAAGCUUCAAUGAAAGGGCUUACGAUCCUCAUACCCUAGCAAGCUGUGUUAAAUCUUAUUUUAGAGAAUUACCCGAUGCCCUAUUAAUUGAUCUGGUAAUCGAAAGUUUUUUCAAUCUAGAGAGAGAAUCGCCUGAGAAAUCCGAUAAUUCAAAUGUUAUUGAAAAUUAUAGGCAGAUAUUAAAACACCUACCUACCCCAAACUACCAGACCUUAAAAUUAUUAUUAAAGCAUUUACAAAAAGUUUCACAGUUCAGUGAACAUAAUAAGAUGACUGCAUCAAAUUUGGCUACCGUAAUUGGACCGGCCUUAACUGAAGCAAGCAAUUUAGAUUGUUUAAUCAACAACUUUGGUUUCAUGAAUUCCAUUUUGGAGAAAUUAAUUACUAACUAUGACUAUGUAUUCUAA